UUGCGUCCUUGAUUUCGCCUCCUCCUUGCUCUUCGUUUUAACAUAACAGCCUAGACUUUUCUUUUGCUGUUUUCGCUUGAUAAUCAACGGAUUCUGAGAUGGAAGGGGUUUCUUCAAUUUCAAUUUUCAGUCUCUCCCUUCGUGUAAGUGUCGUCGUCAUAAGCCAAGUCACUUAUAAACAAUCAAAACUUCUGUCCAUCUAAACUAUCUUAUUCGUUUGUUCCCCCAUUUUUUAACUGUUGAACAACCGAAUUUUAUUCUGUUGUGGACUUGCUUUUGCUUUCAACUGCCAACCCGUUUCAACGUGUCGAUGAAUGUCUUUUGCUUCUGCGGCUUAUAAUGGAUGGUUUCGGAGACAAUAGGAACCUUUUGCAGGAUUUCUCUGAAUAUUUCUUCUUGAUUGCUUCACAAUGGGAAAGGGAUUUGAGUUCUGGGUUGAAAAUGUACUUGGUGGGGAGCAAGGUUGGAGCCAUACUGUGUAUGCUGUUGGCCCUUUUCUUCUUGGGGACAUGGCCUGCUAUUAUUACUCUUUUAGAAAGGAGAGGGCGUCUUCCUCAGCACACUUACCUUGACUACACAAUCACCAAUCUAUUGGCUGCUGUACUCAUUGCUCUCACUUUUGGUGAGAUUGGCAAGAGCACCCCUGAUAAACCAAAUUUCAUUGAUCAGCUUUAUCAGGAUAACUGGCCCUCUGUUCUGUUUGCAAUGGCCAGUGGUGUUGUACUUAGCAUUGGGAAUUUGUUCACGCAAUAUGCUUUGGCUUUGGUUGGUUUAUCAGUUGCGGAGGUGGUAUCAGCAAGCAUAACUGUUGUCAUAGGCACAACUUUGAAUUACUUCUUGGAUGAUGGGAUCAAUAGAGCUCAGAUUCUUUUCCCAGGAGUUGGUUGCUUUUUUAUUGCAGUUUGUCUUGGUUCAGCCGUGCAUUCAUCUAACAUUUCGGAUGAUGAAGCCAAGCUCAACAAUUUGUCAGAUGAAUGCAAAGAUGGAGCCAUAUUAAUUAACAUUUCUUCCGAAAAAGAAAUAAGUGGAGUUAAAUCCAAGGAUAUAGAGAGUGGAGGAGGUGGUUCAGUAGACACGGCAAAAGCAGGAACGGCCGCUUUUCUUGUAGAGCUUGAGAAGCAAAGAGCUAUCAAGGUUUUUGGGAAGAGUACUUUCGUCGGAUUGGCCAUAACGUUCUUUGCUGGACUUUGCUUCUCUUUAUUCUCACCGUUAUUUAACUUGGCAACGAACGACCAGUGGCAUGCUUUAAAGGAAGGGGUUCCUCAUUUGACUGUUUAUACUUCCUUCUUCUACUUCUCUGUCUCCAGUUUUGUUAUUGCCGUUGUUCUAAACAUCACCUUCCUUUACCAACCCAUCUUAAAUUUACCCAAGUCAUCUUUCAAGGCUUAUUUGGCAGACUGGCACGGCAGAGGCUGGGCCUUGUUGGCUGGUCUCCUUUGUGGACUUGGCAAUGGUCUCCAAUUCAUGGGUGGUCAAGCUGCAGGAUAUGCAGCAGCAGAUGCUGUUCAGGCACUUCCACUAGUGAGCACGUUUUGGGGCAUUGUUUUGUUUGGGGAGUUUCGGAACUCAUCAGGAAGAACAUAUAUACUGCUUGGGAGCAUGUUGUCUAUGUUUGUAGUGGCUGUUGCUGUACUCAUGGCAUCAUCGGGUCAAAGGAUUAAUGAUCCAUUAACAACACACAAAUUGGUUGUAAAUAAUUGAUGGUUGCAUAAAUGAUGGAUUCAGCACACAGCAAUAGUCAAAGGAUAAGCAUGCAUGUGCCUUCCCUAAAGUUUGCUUCGAAGAUGCAAAAUGGGCACAAGCACCAUAGUUUUAGACUACAAUAGCUGUUCUUGUCCCAAAAAAGAAAUACAAAAAAAGAAGCAAAAAAACAAGGUGGAAGAAAGAUAAUACCGUACUAUAAUAGAUGUCAUGUGCCUAGAGUGAAUUACUCAGUGUUCGUUAUCCUUAUUGAGUCAACGAAAAGUGUGCAUAAGCAGGAAUCAUGAAGUGAACGGGUUUGAAAUCCUUUGAUUGAACCUUGUAUGUUGUUCUACUUCUAGGGUUCGGGUUUGCAACCCUGUGCAAAAUGAUGUACUUUUAAUUUGUAUCUUAUUUCUUCAAUUUCUCUUUGAAUAACAAGGUGAUGAUACAAUAACCUAAUUAAUCAACGUA